UCUAAAAGCAAGCACGUGGUGAUAUCAGUCUCCGCUUGUUUUUUUUUUUUUUAAGGCUAAUUAGGAAAUUUAAAAUGUCUGAAUAAUCUACGAUAUUUGUACUUAAAACUGAAGUAUGUUAGAAAGUAUAGUGGUUGGAUUGGUUAAUGAUGUAUAUAUAAAAAAAAAAAACUACUCAACUCAGCUACAGAAGAAAACUGAGGACAACAUGAAACCAGAAUGAAGUCUAGUGUGAGAGCCCAAUAACAGCGAGAAGAACCGAGGCAUUCUGCUGCAUUGUUCUGACUCUGUGUCUUGCAGAACAAGUCAAUGAAGUCCACGUUUCUGACACUUCGUUUGUACAUACUCGGUGUUUCUGCUGUUCUUGUAUCUGGAACCAGUUGCAGGAGCAGUGAAUAUCUAUCAGCAGCUGGAGAAUGUUGUUCUUUGUGUGAUAGAGGGUUUGCGGUUCGCAAAGACUGCAGUGGUGAUUACAAUACAAGAUGCAAACCUUGUUUGAAAGGAGAGUUCAUGAAUAUACCUAGUGGUUUUCACAAGUGUCUUCCAUGUAAAACCUGUGAUGCAGGUCUUUCUAUUUUGCAAGCCUGUACCACAGUAAUGAAUACUGUCUGUGAGGUCUUGGAUGGAUAUUACUGUUUGCGAUACUUAGAUGGAGAAUGCUGUCUUGCAGUGAAGCACAGUGGAUGUAAACCAGGGCAACAAAUAAAAACUUUGGGAACCAAGGACUCGGAUACAGUUUGUGAGCCCUGUCCACUGGGAUUUUAUUCUCCUGAAGGUGUGAACUGCACAAAGUGGACUGACUGUUCAGUCAGAAAUGAGGUUGAGGACCAGGAAGGCACUUCCAUCAGAGAUGUUCAGUGCAAACCAACAAGAGAAAGAUAUGGGCUCAUACCAGCUUUUGUCUUAUAUUUACCCACAAUUAUAGUUCUAUUUUUGAAGCACAAAAUGAACUGUACAGUAGCACAGGAUCAAAAGGAAGAAAAUGAGGAAGUGGAUCAACCAGCUGCAAGGUGACUGUAAUGAGGAACACACUGUGCGUCUGAAAGAAAAGUGAAUUACUCCACAAGGAUUUAUUUCGGUGUGUUCCUUAGCAAACCACCAGCUCUACAAAAGCAGAAUUUGGGUGUAUUUUGUUGUUGGAAACCCAGAAAAGUGACGGGUGGUGAUUUUAUUUUUAUUUUUUUUAAUUUAUAAAAAGAGGCUUCUCUGACUGUUGCUCUUUUUACUGGUUAAGAAACUCUCCUUGAGGCACAGUGGCAUUGUGCUCUAUUCCAUUCCAUUCACCUGUGACUUUUAACUGUGGGUUGAGACCUAGUUUAGGGUUUCACUUUUUUUCAUUUAUGCAAUCACAGAGCAUAAACUCACGACGGGGUGGGUUUGCGUCCUGCGUGUACACAUUGACCCCCAUAUUGUAUAAAAUUAUAUUAAUAUUCUAUUAAUAUUGAAUGCGAUUCAGUUCGUGUUGCAUGGAAACAGCCGAUAUUUUUACUGGGGCCUGAAAUACAACUGUGGAUCAGUACCUGACGCUGCCACCAUACAUGCAUCAGGGAUGAGAAUUUUCCGCUUUUUGGCGGAAUUCCGCUUUUUUCAGUCAAAAUGGACCUUUUUUAUAUUGUUGCAAAUCCGUUGAGAAAUUUUUAGGGGGGUAGGGUAUAGGGAUAUUAACCGAUGACCGUUUGACCAGUGGUUGACCGAAUCAACGUUAACUGGUUAAUUUUUUUUUUGGUUGUCGGUUAAAAAAAAUCAAUCGUUUUGAAGCUGCCGAUUUUGGAGCAUGCCAUGUGGUGUAAGGACGACAGCUGACGAAUCAGAAACACCCAUUCAGUCAUGUCCUGCCCUUCCGCCCCAGUUAAAGACAGCUGACAAAUCAGAAACACCCAUUCAGUCAUGUCCCGCCCCAGUUGAACACAGCUGCCACUCGGUGAAAGAAAAAAGUGUAGACACAGGCUUUUUAGCUUACAAAUUACUAUUCUGUUUUUUUUUAAAAUUAUUAUUAGAAGGCACAUCGAGUUUAGUCCUGCCUUGGCCAGUGCAUUCUGAAAGUAUGUUUCAGUCUAGCCAACAAUGCAUGUUAUUGCAGAUUCAAAAUAAUAGCAGUGUGGAAUUCAGUUAGUGAGGUCAUUCAUUCUGUGAAAAAACAGGUGUCAAUCAGGUGGCCCUAAUUUAAGGAUGAAGCCAGCACAUGUUGUACAUGCAUUUCUCUCUGAAAACCUGAGAAAAAUGGGUCGUUCCAGACAUUGUUCAGAACAGCGUGCUUUGAUUAAAACGUUGAUUGGAGAGGAGAAAACGUAUAAAGAAGUGCAGAAAAUGAUAGGCUACUGAGCUAAAAUGAUCUCCAAUGCUUUAAAAUGGACAGCAAAACCAGAGAGACAUGGAAGAAAACGGAAGAUUACCAUUUGAAUGGAUUGAAGAAUAGCCAGAAUGGCAAAGACUCAGCCAAUGAUCAGCUCCAGGUGAUCAAAGACGGUCUGAAGUUACCUGUGAGUACUGUGGCAAUUGGAAGAUGCCUGUGUGAAGCUAAUCUAUCAGCAAGAAGUCCCUGCAAAGUCCCACUUUUUUUUUCCAAAAAGAUGUGCUGAAGAGGAUACAAUUUGCCAAAGAACACAUCGACUGGCCUAAAAAGAAAUGGAGAAACAUUUUGUGGACUGAUGAAUGUAAGAUUGUUAUUUUUGGGUCCAAGGGCUGCAGACAGUUUCAGACAAUCCCCAAACACUGAAUUCAAGCCACAGUACACUCUGAAGACAGUGAAGCAUGAUGGUACAAGCAUCAUGAUAUGGGGAUGUUUCUCUUACUAUGGUGUCGGGCCUAUUUAUCACAUGGGAUCAUGGAUCAGUUUGCAUAUAUCAAAAUACUGAAGAGGUCAUGUUGCCUUAUGCUGAAGAGGAAAUGCCCUUGAAAUGGGAACAAGACAAUGACCCCAAACACACCAGUAAGCGAGCAGCAACUUGGUUCCAGACCAACAAAAUUAGUUAUGGAGUGGCCAGCCCAAUCCCUGGACCUUAAUCCGAUAGAAAACUUGUGGGGUGACAUCAAAAAUGCUGUUUCUGAGGCAAAACCAAGAAAUGCAGAGGAAUUGUGGAAUGUUAGCAAAUCAUCCGGGCUGGAAUACCUGUUCACAGGUGCCAGAAGUUCUCAGAAACCAUGGUUAUACAACUAAUUAGUUUAGUGAUUCACAGGAAUGCUAAAUCCUAAAGAUUUUUUUCAGUUUAUACAGUAAAUGAGUUUGUAAUGAAAAAUGCAGACACUGCUAUUAUGUUGAACACAACUGUAUAUGCGUUCCAGGGUUGGAAAUUAAGUGUUUUUUUUUUUUUUUUUUUUUAAAUAAAUCCACGGGCGGCACGGUGGUGUAGUGGUUAGCGCUGUCGCCUCACAGCAAGAAGGUCCUGGGUUCGAGCCCCGGGGCCGGCGAGGGCCUUUCUGUGCGGAGUUUGCAUGUUCUCCCCGUGUCCGCGUGGGUUUCCUCCGGGUGCUCCGGUUUCCCCCACAGUCCAAAGACAUGCAGGUUAGGUUAACUGGUGACUCUAAAUUGACCAUAGGUGUGAAUGUGAGUGUGAAUGGUUGUCUGUGUCUAUGUGUCAGCCCUGUGAUGACCUGGCGACUUGUCCAGGGGUGUACCCCGCCUUUCGCCCAUAGUCAGCUGGGAUAGGCUCCAGCUUGCCUGCGACCCUGUAGAAGGAUAAAGCAGCUAGAGAUAAUGAGAUGAGAUAAAUCCACCUGCCACUGUGGCAGGUGGAGUUCAAACUCUCCCAGUCACUUUCUUGUUUUAACUGAAAGCGUGUAACUGCAUGAGAAAAAUAAUAUAGUAGGAGUGACCAGUAUUCAAGCAUGACUAUUUAGGUAAAUAAGCUAUUUUAUUUCACAAGUUAAAUAUUUAAACUUGAGGAAAAUACUGUCUCACUCUUGUGUGCACACACAACUGAUGGAAGUUAUAUAUGAUGAGUUGGUCAGGUUAAAAAAAACCACUAACCAUUCAUGAGACGCUAUUGGCUUUUCUCCACUUCUCAUUAAAAAAAAAAAGUUUAUUGACUGACUUGCUUCUUUGGCCUGUGGCUCCUGGGAGGUUUUCUCUUCAGACCUCUUUACCCCUACAGUGUAACUUUUUUAUUAUUAUUAUUAUUAUUUGUUUACUGCAACACUAGCCUAGGCUACUUGACCUGAGGUGAUUUUCUUUAACUGUCAGUCGGUAGUUAGCAUUAGUUAGCAUUCUAUACUCAAGUUAGUGCGAGUUAGUUUUUUUUUUUUUUUUUUUUUUUUUUUUAAUGCUGAAGUUGUCACAUUGAAUCAGUCCUCUUCUUUCACUCAGCACUUUAAUGAGGAGAUUGUAUCAUUGUUGGUGUCCAAGUGGAACAACUAGAUUUGCGAUUUAAUCUGUAUUGUGGAUUGUCACAAUUGCAUUAUUUCUUUGUACUGUAUAUGCUACUUUUAUUUACCCAACACUGUGGUAGGUAGAUUGAGCAAACUCACCUGCCACUAUGCAAAAUCACCUGUAUUUGGUGAGUAGCGGGUGCUAAUUUCCAACACGGACAUGCAGCCACAGAAGCGCUUUCCUAUGAAGAGGGGUUUUGGCACAGUUGUCUAAUACUUCCAGAACAGUGUGUGAUGUAAACUAUUACCAUGAGCAUUGAACCCAGUGUGAAUGGUGUAGACUAAUCCAGUCAAAACCAAAUGCCUUUUUGUACUGCUCUGUGUGUUUAAAAAAAAAAGUGCCAUUGAAGUAAUCUUUAAAUAUUUUAUUUAAAAAAAUUUUAACUAGAGAUUUUUAAUGAAUUACAAAUAACUAUUGUGGUUGUCAUUUUUUUAUUUUUUAAAUGUUUAUUUACUUGAACUUUUUAAUUACAAAUGGCCAUUAGUGGAAUGCCUUUCCUAUCGAGGUCAGAAUUGCUGACUCUCUGACCACCUUCAAGCAAAGACUGAAGACCCACCACUUCAGGCUGCACCUGUCCAAAUGUAAUUGCAUAGCAGGCUUGACCAAUCUAGUCUGUGCUGUCUGGCCUGGUCAUGAUGUCUCAGGUUUUAUUUUUCUCUGUUUAGUUGUACUUUGUCAGGUAUGGAUGGCUUGCUUUCCUUGGCUGUUUGUUACUUCAGCAGAAUGUUAUACUGUGUUCCGAUGUCACUUGUUCAGUUGGCACCCGAACUUUGUCUAGAAGCUCAGCACUUCUUGUACCUGACUUUUGCACUUGUAUGUUGCUCUGGAUAAGAACAUUUACUGAAUGCCUGUAAUGUAGCUAAACUUUUAAGCAUUAAAUUAAAUGUGUUGUAAUUGUUUUACUUUAGUGCUGUUGAAUGCUGAAGUCUGACUGGUCUGUAAGUGUUGAUUUAUUUUUCAAGUCGCAGCAAUUCUGACAAUAGUUCCAACUGCAAGGCAAAUCACAAGUUAAUGUUUGUUCUUGCCUUGAUAUUGUAGGACAUAACAAAUAUGGAUUAAAUAAAACAGAUGUGUCAUCA